AAACCGGCAGCGAACCACCGGAGAACUCACACAGCAAAGCCUGAAAGCCACCGCAAUUCCUGAGUCCCAACUGCUCCACCUCCCUCCUCUAAUCUCAUCAUGUCGACCGCGACUGCAUCUCGGCCCAGCGGCCCCAUCCUUUUGACUCCCUUUCCCAACUACCAAUCCGCCUCGCUCUCGCGUAUCAAGCUCUCCGUCGCCGGCUCGCCGGUCAAGUCCGUCAGCGUCUCGUCUCCCCCCUCCUCCCCCACCACCACCCCCAAGAUCCGUCGGUCCUGCAUGUGCUCCCCGACGAACCACCCGGGCUCCUUCCGCUGCAGCCUCCACAAGGAGCGCAAGCAGGAGGCCCACGCCGUCAGCAGCAGGCCCGCCUCUCCGCCUUCGCCGCCGUCGAAGAGCACGGCCAGCCCGUUCGCGCAGCACAUCCCCAGCGGCAGCGGCUGCUCUACACGCUCUUACAGCGGGCUGGCGCGGCGCGUUCCCAUGGGGAGCGGGCACUGGGCACGCAAGGCGCUCGUGCCGUCCCCCGUGGCGCAGCAGGUGCAGUACCGGAAGCGAGCGGGCGGGUACCGCGCCGGGGCCAGCUGUCUCUCCGCCGCCUCCAUGGCCGGCCGCAGCAACCAGUAAAAACAGCAGCAAGAUAUGUACAUACUGCACAAACUGUACAUAGAAAAGAAUUUCCCCGAAUAAUCCAGUCGAUGUAUACAGUGUAUAGAACGAAGAUCGGUGGGGAUCAGGCCGGAGGGUUGGAUUUUAAGACCCAAUUCGAUUCCGGGCUGGUGAAAUUAGCUAGCCAGUAGAUACUGUACAUAGACUGAGCCUCUUCUUCCUCCCUGCUCCACUUGUACAUAGAGUGAGCUCUCGUCCUCUCUGCCCGCUGUGUACAACUCCCCUUGGUUUUGGUCUUCUGGAUACACAUCAAUACUAAACGAGUGACAAAUUGGAGACA